CAUCUGGUGGCCAAAGUGAAAAGUUCACAUCACAUCCGGGACCGUGGGCAUCCGGGACACUGGACUAUAAAUGCAGCCGGACCCUCCCCCAUCCUUCACUUCGGCGACAGAACGGCUCCUGAAACAUCAACUGCAAGAUGGAAAACGCUGCCUUGUAUCUCUUGAUGGUGGGUGUGGCAUCGGCCCAGAUCCUCGUCUCUCCCGAGUCUCGCCAGUGCAGAGAUCUGGCUGCCAUGGACGAGGCCAUACCGAGCGGCAACCUGAUGGAGUAUACUGAGGGAGAAGUGACGGAAGUGAAGGCGCAGAUCCCGCAGACGGAGAACGGUGUGUUCGAGUUCUACCUUUGCCCCGAGACCGACGAAGGCGAUGAGGAGUGUCUUGUGAAGAUGCCCCUGAACAUCGCUGGCGGAAUGGGCAGGAGGUUCGACCUGGCCAAGAUUCCUGCAUCGGAUGAGUACACUAUCCCUUUGGAAAUUCCGAAAGACGUGACUUGUGAGAAAUGCACACUUGUGUGGAUGCUGAUUCAGAACUUCUGCCCUGAGAGUAUGGCUGAACCGUGUGUGUCGACCACGGCAACCAUGUGUGCUGACAUCACUAUUGUAGAGAAGAAGAAGCAGCAGAAGCGUGAUUUUGGCAACUUUUUCAAGGGAGUUUUCCAACACGCUAUUCACGGAGCCGCCAAGGGAAUCGCCGGCUGUGGCAAAGGUUAAAUAGGGAUUUUUUCCUCUUUUUUCUCUUUUUUCUGAGUUUUUUUCAUUCGGUUUUGGAAUCUUAAUUUUCCCAGGGAAGGGGGGGAGAGGGAAUCUCUUUGAGACGAAAAAAUCUUGAAAAUAAUUGUUGUUUUCCGCUAUUUUUCUUCUUUUUCGUCAUCUUUACUUUUUUUUAAUAACAUUCUUCUUCUCUUCUCUCCUUCUCCACUUCCUGUAUUAUCAUCACUCUUUAUGUCUACAUCUUUUAUCCUCGUUUUCUUUAUUUUUGUUUCGAUUUUGUACAGCCUUCAGGGUAAACUAUCUUAAAAGUCAUAAAUCUAUUAUUGUUUUCACUUCAAAGGACUAAUAAAUAAAUAAAUAAAUAAAUAAUGUAAUAUAAUCAAAAAUAAGUGUGAGAAAUAUGUUAAAUAGGAAAAAAAUGUAUUCCUUGAUUUUUUAUAAGAUUUUCGUACUGGAAAUUACAAUAGAAACGAUAAAUGAUAUAAAAGGAACUUG